AUGGUUCAAACGCAAAAGGCCUUGUUGGUGACGGAGCUGGGCAAGCCAGUCGUCCUUGUAACCGACUGGCCAAUCCCAGAGCCCCAGGAGAAGCAGAUCCAGGUCAAGAUCGCUGUGGCCGGCAUCAAUCCUCAUGACCGAAAGACCAGAGACACAGGGCUCAUGGUCGCCAACAAUCUACCGGCUAUUCUUACACAUGAUGUGGUUGGCGUGGUCACGAAAGUCGGCCCAGAAGUAGCUGACGUAGCCAUAGGGGACCGAGUUAUGAUCCAAUCCAUUUUUGUGGACGACAAAUGGACUCAACAUGGGCUUCAGGAAUACAGCCUUGCCGAUGUGGGCGCCUUUACAAAGAUUCCCGAUGGAAUAACCGAUGACGAGGCCGCAACGCUGCCGUGUAACAUUAUCGCGCCUCUGAUAGCCAUCUUCGCGGUAUUGGGGAUCCCUGCCCCGUGGACGGACGAGGCCAGAAAUUUCGACUACGCCAGCGCGACGCUCCUCGUCGUCGGCGGAGGUUCUAGUUGUGGAAAGUUCGGGGUUCAGCUAGCCAAACUCGCAGGAAUUGGCAAGAUCGUUGUCGUUGGCGGCAAUGAAGACGAGUUGAAAGGAUUUGGUGCGACUCAUGUCAUCGAUCGCCAUGGCGGAUACGAUGUUGUGCUCGGUAAAAUCAAGGAUGUGGUAGGCGAUGAAUUGAUCUAUGCCUUCGACGCGGUGAACCCUCCCGACGGUCAACUUCUCGCGUUGAACGCCCUAUCGAGCCACAGGAAGGGCGCAUUGGCUCGGCUGAUACCGAGACAGCCAGUUGAUGAAUCAAAGGUCUUGGGAAAGAAGGCUGGUUUCGAAGUCAAGGAUACUUACGGGAGCUCCCACGGAUAUCCAGAGCUAGCUGGACCAUUCUGGGACCGUCUCCCGGGAUAUCUCGAAUCCGGCAAGAUCAAACCUCUUGGCUAUGCCGUGAAGCAUGGGCUCACUGCCGAUAAUGUCAACGAGGUCCUGGAUGCUUACCGUGAUGGGAAACCUGUGACCAAAACAAAUAUCCAUGUCUAG